ACCAUGUCCAUGAAACUCUCCUUCUCCCUUGCGAACGGCAAGAACAAGGCAAAGCCUGUCGGCACUGCCCCUCCUCUCAAACGACCAGCUGCAUUUGCUUCUUUAGACGACGAAACCACAGAAGAUGCUGCUCCCACCGCUUCCUCGAGCAGUGCUAGAGGGUCGACUAACCAGCGACUGAUCGCGCAGAACGUGGAGAUGUCGAAGACCGCGAGGAAGAGGAUGGAAGCGGAGAAGAAGGUUGAUGAGACAGUGUAUCAGUAUGACGAGGUAUGGGAGAAUAUACAGGAGAGUAGACUGCGGCAAAAGGAAGCGAAGGAAGUAGAGUCAAAGGAGCGCAAGCCUAAAUACAUCAAUGGCCUCCUCACUUCUGCUGCGACGAGGCGCCUCGACCACCUACGGGCUGAGGAGAAGAUGAUUCAGCGAGAACGUGAGCUGGAAGGUGACGAAUUCAAAGACAAGGAUGCCUUCGUCACACAAGCGUAUAAGGACCAAAUGGAGGAAGUCAGGAAGGCCGAGGAGGAGGAACGUCAACGCGAUGAAGCACAGAAGAAAAAGGGUGGUGCUUCCACUGGCCUUGCCCACUUCUAUCGCAAGAUGCUUGAGGAGUCGGAGUCGAAACACGAAGAGACAGUGGCCGCAACACAACAGUCGACGCAGAAGAUAGUAAAAGGGCCACAAGGACCCGUUGCCAACCUUACCAUCACCAAACCCCCCGAGCUAGCCCCAAUAUCCGAUGCCGAGCUUGCACGAAUGGCUCGUGAGGAGGGCAAGGAUGUCGAGCUAAACGAGAACAACGAGAUCGUCGACAAGCGCGACCUCUUGUCCGCCGGUCUCAACUUAGCUGCUCCAAAUACUAGGCGAUUGGGCGUCCGUGCAACUUCUGGCUCUACCACCAAGAAGGAUGGCACAGCUGAAUCGGCCGAUGUCCAUCGAGCUGCAGGUACGGCUGCUAGUCGGAAAGAGAUCAACGAGAGGAGAAGAAAGGAGAUACUUGCCCAGAUGGAGGAACAGCGGAGACUAGAGACAGACCAACAGCGGGAGGAACGAGAGGCUAACGCACGAGUUGUCGCUAGGCGAAACGACGAGGCUGCUAUUCAGAGCGCCCUCGAGCGGUAUCGUGCGCGAAAGAGGCAGAAAUUGGAGGCAGGAUCAAACCCAACAGGGGAUGGUGGAGCAUGA